AUGAAGGUUACCGUCGUGUCCCGGAGCGGCCGGGAGGUCGUCAAGGGCGGCAUCGACCUCAAGGACUCGGCCAAGGUCGCGGAUCUGCAGGAGGCCAUCCAUGCCAGGACUAAGAAAUAUUAUCCUUCUAGGCAGCGGCUCAACCUCCCUUUUCAACCUGGAAAAGGUGGGAAGCCAGUUGUCCUCAAUCCGAAGGCCAGCCUGUCAGAAUACUGCGAGAAGGGUUCUGGGUCACUGACAGUGGUCUUCAAAGAUUUAGGACCACAGGUCUACUACAGCACGCUGUUCUUCUUUGAGUACUUGGGUCCUCUUAUCAUCUACCCCAUGUUCUAUUAUUUGCCCGUCUACAAAUUCUUCGGGUACGAGGGGGAACGGGUCAUCCACCCUGUCCAGACCUAUGCUAUGUACUACUGGUGCUUCCACUACUUCAAGAGGAUCAUGGAGACGUUCUUCGUGCACCGUUUCAGCCACGCAACAUCGCCCCUGUCAAAUGUCUUCAGAAACUGCGCCUACUACUGGACCUUCGGCGCUUACAUUGCUUACUACUGCAACCACCCACUGUACACCCCAGUGACUGAUCUGCAGAUGAAGAUUGGGUUCGGUUUCGGGAUCGUCUGCCAGAUCGCAAACUUCUACUGCCACAUCCUGCUGAGGAACCUCAGAAGCCCAAGCGGCAGCGGCGGUUACCAGAUCCCCCAUGGCUUCUUGUUCAACAUCGUGACGUGCGCCAAUUACACCACUGAGAUCUACCAGUGGGUCGGUUUCAACAUUGCUACGCAGACUGUGGCAGGUUACAUCUUCCUUGUCGUGGCGGCAGCUAUCAUGACCAACUGGGCGCUUGGCAAGCACAGCCGUCUGAAGAAGGCAAGUGUCAUUCUUACCUGCGUACUGACCAUUACCUUUGGAAAAUUUCAUAGCUUUACUGAAACAUUUUCUUCUGCAGCUGUUUGA